UCUACUACACAAUCGUAUUACUAUCGACUUACAGAUCAGCUGUAGGGUGUAGAUUUGACGCACGUAAGUCGUAAUGUAAAACUGUCAGGGAACAAUUGCAACGGAAAUAAAACUAUAAAAUUUUAAAUAUUUCAAUUGUCUUCCUCAAAAAAUAUAUAAACUGAUUUAUUGAAUGUAUCAACGAUUAUAACCUAUGCGAAUGUAAAUCUAAAACAGAUUUGCUUACUACAAUAUACUCCAGGUAUCUUGGUCUGGACAAAGCACUUUUGUGGAAUUUUAUAUGAUAAGUACAUAGUCACCUGAAGUUAAUAUUCAAAACAGAGUAAUUAUUACACAGAAUUAAGUAUCAGAACAAAUUAGGCCUUAUUCCUUGGGCUCUUCUUGAAAUGAAAAUAGCUAAAUCAACCGUGGCUCUUCUAAUCUUUGUAUUAAUGUUAUCAAUUUUUGUGGCAAAUGUUGCCGAUCUAAUUAAUGUUGAUUCUCAUAUAUCAGAUAAUACCUUAUCAUGCAAAGGCACAGAAACGGAAUGGCUACAACCAAAGUUAUAUCAAAUUAGGGAAUCACUAGAUCAUUUAAUAUGGUUUAUACAGAUAACAGACAUACAUAUAAGUAUAUUUCAAGAUCCUGGAAGGAUAAUAGAAUUACAAGAAUUUUGCAAUGUAACAGUAAAAUCUAUUAUGCCUUCAGUUGUCCUUGCAUCAGGUGAUUUAACUGAUGCAAAAAGUAAAGAUAAAAUGGGUUCUAAUCAAAUAUUACAAGAAUGGAAAUAUUACAGAAGCAUAUUAGAAAAUACAAAUGUUAUUGAAAAAACUUUAUGGUUAGAUGUUAGAGGAAACCAUGAUAAUUUUAAUGUUGUUAGUCUUGAAUCAAAAAAUAAUUAUUAUUCAAACUAUUCUAUCCAAGGGAAAAAACAUCCAAAAUCGUAUAUAUAUAAAGUGACUAUUGGAUCUGAAAUAUAUUCAUUUAUUGCUAUUGAUGCUUGUUUGAAACCUGGCCCAAAGAGACCAUUUAAUUUUGUUGGUGUUUUGAAUGAACAAGAAUUAAAGAAGAUACAAGAAUUAGUAAAUAUAUCUAAAGAAAAUAAUGCAGAUUAUAUCGUGUGGUUUGGACAUUAUCCAACCUCAUGCAUAUUAUCUCAAUCUGAUACUAGUAUCAGAAAUAUUAUAGGUAGAUAUAAAGAAAGCAUGGUGUAUUUAUGCGGUCAUUACCAUACUCUUGGUGGUUCAGUUCCAAAUAUGUACACAACACAGCAAGCAGGAUUUCUUGAACUAGAAUUGGCGGAUUGGAAAGACAAUAGAAUGUAUCGCCUUGCAGCAAUAGAUCAUGGACAGUUCUCAUUUAUUGAUAUAAAACAUCAAGAUUGGCCUGUAGUAUUGAUUACCAAUCCAAAGCAUGCUCUCUAUAUGAUGCCUCGAAAAGAAAAUGUAAAUUCUAUUAUUAAGUCAACACAUAUAAGAAUAUUAGCAUUUUCAACAGUACCAAUAAAAAGUGUGGAAGUUCAAUUGAAUAAUAAAUCCUGGUUACAAUGCAAGUACAUAAAAGGACCACUGUAUGUUGUAAAAUGGAAUGCUUCAGAGUAUAGCAAUGGAAUUCAUCAUAUUCAAGUUCGUGUAAUAGAUGAAAAAGGCAGAGAAAAGAUUAUUGUGCAACCUUUUUCACUUGAUGGAACGCGAUUAUCUUUUGGUUUUCUACCUAGACUGAUUCUUAUGUCUAAUGUCAGCCGUAUUUUUCAGUUCCUGUUUGGAAGUGUACUUGCAUUAAUAGUAGCACCUUUGUGUGUAUUUCGAUUUCUUCAUAUACUUUGUGAAGCAAAGCGUAUGUCACGUCCAAGGAUACGUGUAAAAUUUUUCCGCUGGUGGAUUAGGAAAUUAUGGAUAUUAUCUACCAUUGAUCGUUUAUUUUUCCCUUUGGUCCUUUAUGCUUUAUAUUUAAUUGUUGGUCCAUGGGCUAUUGGUGAAGUGAUAGAAAAUCAUAUAGGCAUAAUAUUUGCAUGGGGAACAUUUGUUGGAAAUUCAUUUUUGCCUGGUGCUUUUACUUAUGCAUAUGGAUUUUUCCAAUUAUUUUCUUUUCAUUUACCUCUUAUGUUAAUUUUGGCUCAUCAAGCAGAUAAAAGGUUGCAAAACACAGAAGGAACAUACAAAAAAUCAUCUAAAAUUUGCUUGCUUUGGCAACAUUUACCAAUUAUAUUAUUGAUUAUAAUGCAAAUAAAUAUGGCUUACUUUUUCUGGCUAGCAUAUGGAACACUUGCUACUAUUUUAUGUCCUUUGAGGACAUGGAGUGUUUUCUUAGCAUUAAUACUAUGGUAUCAGGUUAAUGCAAUGCCUCAAGCAUGCUUUAGAUCAGCAUUAUCGAUAUGGUCUGGCCAUGCUUGACUUGUACAAAAAAUUCUUAUGAAAUGUAAGUACAGAAAAUAAUAACAAAUGAAGGAAUUUAUCAUUUGCAACAUUAUACAAUUUAUGUUAUUAUUUACUAUGAGACUAAUAAGCAUUACUCGCAAUGCGAGAUAAGUAUUAUUUAAGAAACACAAUACAAAUGGUAUGUUAUCAUUUGUGUCUCAAUUGUAAAGAACUUGACUAGGAUUAACUUAUCCAUUCAAUCACUUGUUAUGCAUUUGUAAUUUUUCAUAAAUAUUUCUAUUUAUGAGUUAUUCGUACAAAUAGUAUAAAUUAUCUAUUUAUAAUUAAUGAAAAUAUUCAAUCUUGAAAUGCAAUAAAUAUAGACACACAAUACUUUUAUUUAUAUAUUUGAUAUGUGAUAUGUUUUAGAAAAAGGAUAAAUUAUUCUAGGAAUUAUAUCCACCAUUCUUCUCUCAUUACUUCUAAAUAAUAUGUAAUUGAUGCAAUUAUUAAGUAUAUAAUUGCAAAUCCUGAAUAUCAUUAUUCCAUUUAAUGCAAGACAAAUCAUCUUCCUUAAAAAACAAUCUUAAUUAAUACUAUAUAUUUUUCUACAUCUAACUGUAUAUUAUUAUAUAAUAUACUAUGUAACAUUACUUUUUUUUUUCUAAAUUAUAGAACUUAGAAUAUAAUUAUUCUAUAUGUUAAUGUAGAAUAUGUGAAGUGCCAUCAAUGAUAUUACUGGAAUUAUCUGUGUCAUAUAUUUAUUGUAAUAUAUGAAUAAGUAGCAUGAUGUAUAAACAAUUUAAGAAUAAUGUCUAUAUUCUGAGACAGUAUAUAGACUUAUUUGGAAUAUAUUUAAUACUAAUUUUAUCUUAACAAGUACUAUCAUUAUUAUUAUUACAACUGAUGGUACUUUUCAUAUAAUAAUUAAAAAAGAUUGCUGUGCUAUGUAAAAAAGAAGUAUUGCUACGUAUGUGCCAAUAAAUGUUGUAGAUACAAUGACAA